AUGGGAAAUUAAUGCAAUUCACUUAAUUAUUAUGGAUAUUGUUGUACAGGAGGCACCAGCAGUGAGUAGAAUCACUUUUCACAGUUUGUGAACUAGUACGAGCAUAGCAAUCAGGUAGAGAGUUCUAAGGCUCAAAAGAUUCUGAGGCCUGACCAGAAGUCUCAUCAUGCUAAUACGCUUAAAGGAUAUCAAUACACCACGAGCAGCACAAACAGCCAAAGCAGAACUCACUAAAAAAUACUUGCUGCUAUUAAAAUACAGUGUCUAUUUAGAUCUCACUAUGCUCGCAAGAAGGUUAAAUUACUCCGACUGAUUAAAAGCUAAGGACAGAAGCGAAUAAUGAUUGACUAGAUUAGAAAAAUAGCAGACUCUUAAAACCAGAACGUGCGUUUUAUUGAAAGAAAAAUGGGUGCAAUUAUAUUCUUUCUUAACAACAAGAUCGACAAUUCCUUUUCUAAGAAUUCAUCCCGAGCGUCCGUAAGUCAUAGGAAAAUUGGCAUCAAUAGUUCUUACUAGGCUGCUAAUAACGGAGACCCUUUUGAUUUCAAAAUAAAUUUAAAACUCCAAAAUGGGACUAUUUAUAGUGGUCAGUUCGAUCCGAAAACAUAAACUAAAGAAGGAUUCGGCAUUCAAAUCUGGCCUGAUGGAUCCAAGUAUGUUGGUUAAUGGUCUAGAGGGAAAGCAGGUGGCUAUGGCAGAUUUAUCUUAGCAGAUGGAGAUGUUUAUGAAGGGGAAUGGAGAGAUGACAAGGCACAUGGUUACGGCAUAUAUUACUAUGCAGAUGGAGCCAAGUAUGAAGGUGAGUGGAGAGAUGAUAAGCAGGAGGGAAUAGGCAGAGAAGAAUGGCCAGAUUAAAGCAGUUUCUAAGGCAUGUAUAAGGAUGGCAAAAAACAUGGGCAAGGUAAGUUCAUCUGGGCAGAUGGAGCCUGCUAUGAUGGAGAAUGGCAGAAUAACAAAAUGCAUGGAAAAGGAGUGUUCACUUGGACUGACGGGCGCCGUUAUGAAGGAGAAUAUGAGAACGAUAGGAAGCACGGAUAUGGUAUCUUUACUUGGCCAGAUGGGCGCAGAUAUGAAGGUCACUGGAAAAAGGGCAAGCAAGUCAAGACCAAUGAGAAAUCCACUUCUAAUCUGCCUACUAUAUCUCAGGAAUCAAAGUGA